GAUGGAGUACAUCCUACUGGAGAGAUGACGUCUGCCACACCUCCCUCCUCUCGUAGCCCCUCCCCUCAGAAGGUUUGCCACUCCCAGACACAGACGGACGUUUUGAAACCUUUGCUGGGCGGCGUUUCCGGAGCGGGCGGGACUCUGAGGAAGAGGAGGCGUGUUCUGUCGAAGGAUGGACGCAGCAACGUGCGGAUCGAGCACAUCACUGGGCGCAAUGCUCUGUACAUGCGUGACCUCUGGACGACCUUCCUGGACAUGCAGUGGCGCUACAAGUUCUUCGUGUUCACGGCGACCUUUGCAGGGACCUGGUUCCUGUUCGGUGUGCUGUGGUACCUGGUGGCACUGGUGCAUGGAGACCUGCUGGAGUUCGACCCUCCGUCGAACCACACACCCUGCGUGAUGCAGAUGCAGACCCUGACGGGGGCCUUCCUCUUCUCCCUGGAGUCCCAGACAACCAUUGGCUACGGGUUCCGCUGCAUCACUGAAGAAUGCCCAGCGGCCGUCAUCCUCCUCAUUAUCCAGCUGGUCCUCACCAUGCUGCUGGAGAUCUUCAUCACUGGAACCUUUCUGGCCAAGGUUGCUCGACCCAAAAAGCGUGGAGAGACGGUAAAGUUUAGCCAACAUGCUGUGGUGUCCACGUAUGAAGGUCGCCCCUGCCUGAUGAUCCGAGUGGCCAACAUGCGCAAGAGCCUUCUGCUUGGGUGUCAGGUGAGUGGAAAACUGCUCCAGACGUCUCUGACCAAGGAGGGCGAGACGGUUCGUCUGGACCAGAGGAACGUCCCCUUCCAGGUGGACACGUCCAGUGACAGCCCCUUCCUCAUCCUGCCGCUCACCUUCUUCCACAUCAUCGAUGACAACAGCCCCCUGCGGGCCUGGGCAGCCAAGGGUGGGGGCUGGACAGACCCAGAACUGGCUGACUUUGAGCUGCUGGUGAUCAUGAGCGCCACGGUGGAGCCGACCUCCGCCACCUGCCAGGUCCGCACCUCCUACCUGCCCGACGAGAUCCUCUGGGGCUAUGAGUUCCCCCCCGUAGUCUCCCUGUCCCCAUCAGGUAAAUACGUGGCGGACUUUGCCUUCUUCGACAAAGUGGCCAAGACCAAGACCACGCCCGUCUUCACACCAUCCAGCCCCCAGCACGUGCACCAGGGCAACGGGGGCGGGACUGUGGCCGACUUGUCCGAUCCAGAGAAGAUCCGUCUGGAGCAGAGCUACCGGGAGCGAGGGGAGGAGCGUGGCCGGGCCAGAGACACUCCUCUCAGUGUUCGCAUCAGCAACGUGUGA